AUGGAGAGAGAACGACAGUACAUCCGCCCAAGAGUAGGCGGAAUCAUCACCCCCGCGGGCGAUGGCCGCCCCGCUGCUCGCUCUGCUGAGUGGGCGACAAGUAACCGUGAGCAUGACGGACAGCAGCAGCAGCCUGUGAGGUCUAUCUUAAGGAGGACAACCCUUCGGCCGUCAAUGAGGCCACGCCGGAACUCGGAUAGUUCUGUCACAUCGUCUAACCUUCCACCAUCCGGAGGUGGGAGCAGCGACUCUGAACUGACCCCUCCCCCUUCUCGCAUUCCUCCUCCUCCCCCAUCCUCAACAAGCUCGUUGCCAAGGAAGGUUUUGAGGCCUCAGUAUCCUAUUCCUGCUGAACGCCAGACAGUCAUCAAUCUCAGGCCGACCAGGGGAGCUUCUGGCACUCAUGCUAGCUAUCGUGCCCCUCCUCCUGCUCGUACCCUCAUCCCCGCUCCGUACCUGUCCGAUACCAGGCUGGUUCGUCACGAUCCUUAUGAUCGACGCGACCGCUACAAUGACUUCGACGCCGAAACCGAUUCUGUCUCCGACACCUCGGAUGUGUCGUCGACCACCCAGACUACCUCAGUCGUCUCGUCCUCGACGGUGACACAAACGACCACAACUUCGACGGAAUCGGAGUCGGACGGAACGUCCUGUGCCAGUGAUGUGACCCCAACAGAGACGGUUCAUACGACCAAGAGCACUCCGUCAGUGCGUUUCACCCCUAGCGUCAUUGGCUCGAGCUCAAGUGUUGUCAGCUCUGUUUCUCCCGGCCGUUCAGGCUCCAGUGUGGCUACCUCGACCACUAGCCGUUCGUCCAAGCCGUGCCAAAACCUUCGGCCGUCCAAGGCCAGCUCCGACUCCGACCGAGCAGUCACGAAGAGCAGCCCGAGAGCAGUUCAGAUCAACAUGAAGCUUCCUCCUCCGAGCUUGGAUACACCUGAGAUUCGCUAUCUCCACGAGCUCGUCAAGACCCAACAGGAGCUGGAGCGAAGCCUUCAGCACAAGAUUGAUCAGAUGGAAGGCCAGAUUGAGGAUCUGCGUGAAAAGGAAGCCAUCGCGAGAAGGGAACGUGACGAGGCCAAUGCUAACCUGAUGGCUGCCGAGCGUGAGAGGGAGUGUGCCGAGAGGGAACGCGACGCCGAACGCAAUAGCCGGUACGAUCUCGUCAGAUUAUCCCAGCGGCAGCAGAACAUGCUUGACGAGCUUCGUAGCAACUACGACUUUGCGAAGGCCCAGAUCGCCGAGCUUGAGCAGGAGAAGGCUGCCGAGCGCGACGUCUCUAUGGGUCUUCAACAUAAGCUGGACGAAACCAAAAAGGUCAUCGAUGAACACAAGAAGAUCAUCGAGGAGCACAAGAGGACCAUUGAGCUACAGAAGAACAUGAUCUUCGAUGUCGAGAAGGAAAGGGACACGAUCAAGGCGGCCAAGGCUAAGGUGGAAGAGGAGGUUGCCCGGCUCCAGAAGGACUUCAAGAAGCACCUCGAUGGAUGCAAAGAGCACGAGGGUCUACUGGAGCAGCGCAUCUCUGCCCUGGAGGCCAGCCGGAACACCCUAAAGGAACAGCGUGACACCAAGGACAAGGAAAUUGCUGAAAUGGCUGCAGAGCGUGAACGGUUGAAGGCGGAGAUCGCGGUCCUCAGUGCUCGUGUGGCUACGCUGUCUGAUUCAUUGAAGCUUGCCCAGGACGAGCAGGUUAGGAUCAGGCAGGCGGCUGAGGAAGAGAAGCAGGAGAUCCUGCAAGCGGCAGAGGCGGUGAAGCGCAAGAUCAUGACUGACGCUGAGGAGGACAAGAGGAAGAUUAAGGAACAGGCCGAGGAGGAGCAACGCAGAAUUCGGGAAGCUUAUGAGGCCGAGAAGGAAGCGAUCCGGAAGGACGUCGUUGCGGAACACCUGGCGCUCGAGGAACGGAUCAACGAACUGGAGCAGGUGAAAGAGGCGUUGAUGAGCACCAAGGCCGCGGUUGAGGAGGAGAAGUCUGAAGCUCAGGCGAAGCUUGCGACGGCAACCGAGGAAGUCGCUAAGCUCACGGCGCAGUUGUUGGAGCUGACAGCAGGCGAGUCGGCCCUUAAGGCCAACAUCGCCAGCCUGGAAGAAGAGCUUUCGUCCUCCAAGGCUGAAGUGACUAGCCUACAGGGGCAGGUUGACAACUUGGUGAAGGAUAAGGUUACCCUCGAGGCCAACCUCAACGCGCUGAUCGACGAGAAGGCUCAGAUGCAAGGGCGGAUUCACAAUCUCGAGACUGAGCUUGCUGGCGCGAAGGAGGCCAAUAUCUCUCUCGCCCAGCAGAAGUACCAGAUUGACCAGGACGUUGCCGGCAUUCAGGGUGCUCUGGAGGCUUCCCGAGACCAGGUCAAGAAGCUCGUGGAGGAAAAGGUUGCCCUGCAAGCUCAGGUCGAGAAGGUCACUCCUUUACAGGCGGCCAAGACCGAGCUUGAGGGGAAGGUAGCCGAGCUGCAAGGCAGGAUUGCAGAGUUGGAGGGCAAAGUCAGCCAGCUCCAGAACGAGGCUGGCAAGAUUCCUGUUCUGUCGAGCGAGAAGCAGGCUGCCGAGAGCAAAGUCGCUGAGGCCCAGAGCAAGCUCGCUGAGGUUGAGGGUCAGAAGGCUGAGCUUGAGACCAAGCUGGCUCAAGUUCGCGCCGAGGCCGCGAAGCUCCCUGCUCUUGAGUCGGCUAAGUCCGAACUCGAGGGGCAGGUAUCGAAGCUUCAGGUCAAGGUCGCUGAGCUCCAAGCGGAGGUCGCCAAAGACCCUAACUCGGCUGUGGCGGCGCUCAUGGCCCAGCUUGACGCGAAGACUCAGGAGAUAUGCCGGCACGUUGAGCAGAUCAAUGUGCUGACAGAGGCCAACUCCGGAUUGUCGACGCAGCUUGGUGCGGCCAGGCAGCAGCUCGAAACGACGCAGAAAUUGCUCGACAACAUGACGCAGUCUUACAACAUGGCUACAAACCAGAUCAUCGAGCUUCAGCAGCGUGUAGAUAAACUUUCAUCCGGAUCCCGCAGGUCGAGCCGUUCUCGUCACUCGUCGCCGCAGAAGAAGGACCGGGAAAGCAGCAAGAAGGACAAGCAGCUCGUCGUGGUGCGCAACCGGGAGGACAGAGGAGGGGCCCUGUCAGUGAUGCUCCAAAUUGCCGCCGGCAUUUAA